GGCGGGCGACAACGGCGGCGGCGGGGCCCGUAGUAAGGGUGGGCGGCGGGGCCGGACAUGGCGGUACGGGCCGGGCCGCGGGAAGAUGAAUAAGGGCUGGUUGGAGCUGGAGAGCGACCCCGGUCUCUUCACACUCCUGGUCGAAGAUUUUGGGGUCAAGGGAGUGCAGGUUGAAGAGAUUUAUGAUCUGCAGAGCAAAUGCCAGGGCCCUGUGUAUGGGUUCAUCUUCCUGUUCAAGUGGAUCGAGGAGCGCAGGUCACGCCGGAAGGUCUCAACCCUGGUGGAUGAGACGUCAGUGAUUGAUGAUGACAUCGUUAAUAACAUGUUCUUUGCUCACCAGCUGAUCCCCAAUUCCUGUGCCACCCAUGCCCUGCUGAGCGUCCUCCUCAACUGCAACAAUGUUGACCUGGGCCCCACACUGAGCCGCAUGAAGGAUUUCACCAAAGGGUUCAGCCCUGAGAGUAAAGGCUAUGCCAUCGGCAACGCCCCGGAGCUGGCCAAGGCACACAACAGCCAUGCCAGGCCGGAGCCACGGCACUUGCCGGAAAAGCAGAACGGUAUCAGCGCCGUGCGAACCAUGGAGGCUUUUCACUUCGUCAGUUAUGUCCCCAUCAAGGGACGGCUGUUUGAGCUGGAUGGGCUGAAGGUCUACCCCAUUGACCACGGGCCAUGGGCUGAAGAUGAGGAAUGGACAGACAAAGCCAGGAGAGUGAUCAUGGAGCGCAUCGGCCUGGCCACAGCAGGGGAGCCGUACCACGACAUCCGCUUCAACCUGAUGGCAGUGGUGCCCGAUCGGAGGAUGAAGUACGAAUCCAAACUUCACAUCCUGAAGCUGAACCGCCAGACUGUGCUGGAGGCCCUGCAGCAGCUUAUCCGAGUAACUCAGCCUGAGCUGAUCCAGACCCAGAAGUCUCAAGAGUCUCAGCCUUCUGAAGAGGCAAAGCCAGCCAGCAGCAAGACCGUGGUUCCAGAGAGCACCCAUCCAGACAGCACCGAUGAGCCUGCCAGCCAGGGCCACCCCACAGCCACCCAGAGCCCACCCAGCAAAUCCAAACCUGUGGCAAAGACAUCAGGGAGCAGCAUCAACGGGGCACCUCCGGCCAACCCCAUCGUGCAGCGGCUCCCAGCCUUCCUGGAUAAUCACAACUAUGCCAAAUCCCCCAUGCAGGAAGAGGAAGACCUUGCAGCAGGAGUGGGUCGCAGCCGGGUCCCAGUCCGACAGCACCAGCAGUAUUCAGACGAUGAGGAUGACUAUGAUGAUGAUGAGGAGGAAGAAGUUCGUAACACCAACUCAGCCAUCAGGUACAAAAGGAAAGGGCAGGUAAAGCAGGAGCACGUGGCGGGGGCUGCGGAUGGCCAGCUCUCCGUCCUCCAGCCCAACACCAUCAACGUCCUGGCUGAGAAACUGAAGGAAUCUCAAAAGGAUCUUUCCAUUCCCCUCUCCAUCAAGACCAGCGGCGGGGGUGCCGCCGUGGCGGUGGUCACCCACUCCCAGCCCUCUCCCACCCCCAGCAAUGAGAGCACAGACACCGCUUCCGAGAUCGGCAGCGCCUUCAACUCCCCGCUGCGCUCUCCCAUCCGCUCGGCCAACCCCACCCGCCCCUCCAGCCCCGUCACCUCCCACAUCUCCAAGGUGCUCUUUGGGGAGGAGGAUGGGCUGCUCCGCCUCGACUCCAUACGCUACAACCGGGCCGUCCGGGACCUGGGGCCCGUCAUCAGCACCAGGCUGCUGCACCUCACGGAGGACGGCAUCUUCUGCUCGCUGGCUGCUGCAGAUGGGGGGAAAAGCUCCCCCCCUUCCAUCAAACCUGGUGAAGAGGCUCUGGUUGCAGUCAAACUGGACGAGAAGGAGGGCACUGAGGCCAGUGACAGCAAAGAGAAGGUGGGACUUGGCAGGACCAGUGAUCACCCUGGGGGGGAAAAGUAUUCUCCCAAGGAGCUGCUGGCACUGCUGAAGUGUGUGGAGGCAGAGAUUGCAAACUACGAGGCCUGCCUGAAGGAAGAGGUGGAAAAAAGGAAGAAAUUCAAGAUCGAUGACCAGAGGAGAACCCACAACUAUGAUGAGUUCAUCUGUACCUUCAUCUCCAUGCUGGCCCAGGAAGGCAUGCUGGCCAGCCUGGUGGAGCAGAACAUCUCCGUCCGCAGGAGGCAGGGAGUCAGCAUCGGCCGCCUGCACAAGCAGAGGAAGCCAGACCGGCGGAAACGCUCCCGCCCCUACAAAGCCAAGCGCCAGUAGCCUGGGGGCCAAGACUGUGAGGAGGAGCAGCUGCUGGGCUUUGUGGUGCUGGGCAGUGGCCUUUGGAUCUACAUUACCCUUUGCCCAAGGAAAGGGGACCACAGUGACAAACCCUCAGCCGAGGUGGAGCCUGGGAACAGAGAGAAGUUGGGUUUUCCUGUGAGCCAGUUGUGACAGGCAGGAACACGUUGUCUUGAGGAGUGUCCCUGCAGCUGAAGGCAAGUGCCAUGGCAGCACUGGGAUGCCAUGGGCCCAUGUCUUGGUGCCGUGGCUGAGGACAGUGGCAGGAAGGGAAGAGCCCACCCAACCCCUCUGGCAUUGCAGGAGCGCCGGCGAUGCUGGAAUGAGGCUGUGCUGGCCGCAGCUGGCUGUGGCUUGUGUCCUGUGUCCAGCCCAUCAGCUCUGUGCUUCCCCAGGAUAUUCAUGUCUGUUUUUUAUCCUUCUCCCUCCCCCAAACUUAUUUUUCAUUCUGACCUACUCUGUGGCUGUCGCUGAGCAAGACAGCUCCCGAACAGAGCCCAUUCUCCUUGCAUCAACCCCCCAUGCCACUGCCCAGCUCCCAGAGCUGGCUCAUGCAAGGGCCAGGCAGGUCCUGCCUUGUCCUUGUGCCCUCGCUGGGAUGGGGAUGGCACCACCUCAGCCAGGCUCCUCCUGGGCCUUGGCAGCUCUUGAUGGGCUCGUUCCUGGAGCUGGGUCUUGUGCCCAGCCCUCUGUGGUGAUGCUGGGGACUGGCACGUGGCUCUGCUGCUCCCCUAGGGACCAGCACGGUGGCCCUGGCAGUGCCUUGGGGCCACACAAGUUGGAUGUUGGAUGUGGAGUCAUUUGGUGCCCUUGGCAAAGCUUGUGUAUGUCGAGAGAGGUGACAGUGGCUGCUGUCAUGCUCAUGGCAGGACAGGGACUGCAGUGGUGGGAGGCUGAAACUGCUCCUCCUGCCCCAGCUGCUUACUGGGUGCUAACCCAGAGUGUGCUGGGGAGAACAGCAGCUGUUCCCCCCCCCUUGCUUUUCACCUUCCACCUCUGCAAGCCCUGAUCCUUCUGCCUGUCCCCAGCAGCCCAGCAGAAAUCCCAGAAGCCAUAGGUUGGCACCUCUCUUCUGAGGGGACAAGGGGACCUGCCACAGGAGAGGACUGAAUUUUGCAGCUGUGCAAAUUUGUAUAGAUCUUGAUUAUGGAAUGAAACUGUUUUUUGGUAUUUGUUGAAGGGAAGAAAAAUCCUUCUGUCUUUUGCUGUGUCUAAUAUCAAGUGCUGUAAAUAAUGAUCUGUC